AUGGCAGCCUCCUCGAGAGGCAUGAGCCUCUGCCUUCUCCUCGCCUCCCGACCCGGCCCCCUCUGCGCAACGACGACGGCAACGAUACAACCCCUCCUCCCCCGCCGACUCUUCAGCUCCCUGAACCCUCUCCGAUACGCCGCAAAACCCUCGCGCACGACAACAAUCCCAAGUAACCUCACCCGUAGCGCCGUCUCCAAACCUCCUCCUUCGAAGUCUCCCCUCCCAUCAACAUCCCCCAAGACGACAACGAACCCCGCGACAGCAUCAUCAUCACCAGGCACCACCGGCGCCGGCGCCACCGCAGGCUCAGCCUACGCCCUCGCAACCACCCUCGCCCAGCGCCCGCAACCAACAGUCCUCUACGAAGCCGCCUCCCACCUCUGGAUGAAGGUAUCAGCCUGGUCCGCCGCUACAAUGUUCUACUGCUACGCCGGCAUAAACUACUACUUCACCCUCCUCGACCCCCCGCCCGACCUCGCCGCCUGGGUCCCGCACGCCUUCGCCUUCAUCUGCGUCGCCACCGCCGGCUUCGGCUCCUACUUCCUCUUCAACGCCCGCAACAUUAUCAAGAUCAUCCGCGCCGUGCCGACAGCCUCUCUCCUAAAGUCCGCGGGCGGCAAGGCAUCUGCUGAAGUUCUUCCCCUCGGCGUGACCAGCGCAAAAGCAACGCCCGUCGUACUCGAAAUCACAUGCGAGCGCAUCCUCCCGGGAACCCCUAAAAAACUACUCGUCGCGCCGGAGCAGGUCACCAUCCCGUGCCGCAUCUACUCGCCCCUCGUGACACCUACGCCCGCCAUGGAGAGGGCCGCCGCGCGGCAGAGGCAGGUGCAGGCGAGAGCCGACUGGGAGUACGACAAGGGACACCUCAUGACGACGCCGUUCCGGCACGCGAGUAAAGGGUUCAAGGCGGCGUGGUACGGCGUCCGAAGGGCCAUCACCAAGGAAGGGUUUAUGAGGAUGGAGGCGGGCGGGGAGAAGCUCAAGCUGGAUAUCUCUACGGGCUGGGCGCUGGAUGAUGGACGGGCUAUUGAUCGUCUUGUCAAGGUUGGGGCGUGA